AUGGCACCUCUUUCUUUACCAAAACCUCAAACAAUAAAAAUAAACGUUUUAAACACUUUAUGGGCAGAUAGUCAAGAUUUUAACAUAGUUGGACUAAGUGACUCCUUAUGGAGCAAGCUGUCGCGUCAUACAUUGACACCACAGGGUGAAGCCAAUGUAAUAAAUGGCUUCAAAUCGGUCAUUUCAAUAUCAAUUACUCCGCGAGACGUCAGUCAGACUAGCUCGAACUUAUUAAAGCCUAAACCAGAGAAUACUUGGAUGAAACCCUUGAUUACAUCGAUAGUUACGUUUGCACAAUUGUACCAUUCAGAGAUAUAUGGAGAGGCGCGCGAUCAUAAUUUAGUAGAUGGAAUUGAAGUUGAUAUCGAUAUCAUUCAACCAAUUGAAUUGGAGGAAGUGAUACUUGGUGCUCUGGAAAUAGACUCUCUUGAGGUUUCAAUGAUAGAUCCUGUUGCCGUAUUGGACUAUUUUCGCUCUUCACCUCCUAUCAUAAUUCGCCAUGCACAAACUUAUCGAAUUUCUAAUCCUCCUUCACCGACUUCUGCGACUGCGAAAUUUUCAUCUUCACUCGAUUUUAAAGUGUUAAUGUGCAAUCCGGUGUUACAAGGUAUAAUCUCGGAUCAAACGAAUCUUAUAAUUACAGACUUAUCGAGUGAGACACUUAAUAUCAACGAAGAAGACCAAUUGGAUGACGAGUUGAUUGAUCUCGAUAAUGACGAGGAUAUUUUGGAGCAGGAAUUAAUUCCAUUGGAAUUGGAUAGUUUCUCGUUGUUGAGUUCACAGAUGGAGAGUCCUACAAAUGGUCUUUAUUUCCGUAUGCCAGAUGAAUUAAAUGACCUUGGAUCAGAUUCAACGGCGUCAGUUUCAUCACCGUCCUCUGAAGAAGAGAGUAUUAAGAAUGAUGAUUCCAGACAUUUAAAUCAAAAGAAAAUUGAGUUCAAGCCGUUGAUUUUGUCAAGUCCUCUGUCAAGAUUAUCACUUAAACCGACACCAAAAGAAAACGAUGAUCCAGAAUCAUGGAUUUUAAUUAGUAUAUCGAUGUUAGCUAGAUUAGGAUGUCAAAGUGGUAGCUGGGUUCUAGUAUCAAGCGCAAAAAAUAAACCACGACUAUGUCAAAUAUAUGCAGCCGAUAUACCCAAUUCGAUAAAUCAUUCACUGCCAUCUGCUUAUAUCACUCCGCAACUUCACUUUAAUCUUGGCCUGAACAAAAAAUCCCUUGAUACUUUAGAAAGCAUUAGUAUUCAAUCCGUUGAUAAACCUCGUUCAUCACCACCUGUUGCAAGGAGUUUGACUGUUGCUAGGGUAGCUUCUCCAUGUAGCCAUGAUAAGACUUUAUAUCCAGCAAGUUUGGAUGAACUGAAAAAAUGGUUUGAGAAUGUAGAAAGAAUUGUUUGUGAAGGCGAUGUAAUUUCCGUGCCUAUUGAUGAGGAAAAUGCUCGAUUAAGACCACAGCAGAAGACAGAAGGUGGCAUUGAAUCAUUAGAAGAUAUCAAAAUUCCUAUGGCGCCCACAAAAUAUACUACUGUUGUGCACUUUAUUAUCACUCGACUAGAACCAAACGACAAGAAAAAAGCCCUCAAAAAAGGAUAUGGAAAAAGAGUCGAUCCAAAACUUACGAAAAUGGUUCAAACAGGACUGGAACAUUCAAGGGUACCACCUGCAAUAAAACGUUAUUUGAGAAUAAUUUCAGAAACCCCGAUAACACCACCAGUUGACUCUCCACUUACUGCUCCUGAAACUCCGUACGUGAUACUUUAUGAUCUAAUGUCAUCAUGUUUAGAUCCAAGCGCUUCAUUACUUAAUCUCAGUUGCACAGUUUUGCUACAUGGUCAACGUGGAUGCGGGAAAAAGACAACUGUUGAAUGGGUGUCAGAGCGUCUUGGAAUUCAUUUAUAUGAAGUAAAUUGUUUUGAUUUCGCUGGGGAGACCGAUGCAAAAAUUGAUACUUCUAUUCGUGCUAGACUCCAUAAUGCCAUCACUUAUUCCCCAUGCGUAUUUUUACUCAGACAUAUAGAAGCAUUAGCCAGGAAAAGUGCAGUAUUAGAAACUGGACAAGAACCAACCGUAUCAGUCACCUUACAAGAUUGUUUUAAACAAUUGGUAGAAUCUUUUAAAAAAAUAGGACAUCCUGUCUUGGUAAUUGGGACAACAAGUGAUAUUGAAAAGAUACCCGCAAGUGUCAUAGGUUGUUUCCGUCAUCAAAUUUUAUUUGAAGCUCCCGCUGAACCAGUCAGAUUAGCAAUUUUGGAACAAUUGACAAUUGACACUCCAUUGGCUCCUGAUGUAUCAUUGUCAUCAUUGGCUACUCAGACUGCCGCACUUGUGGCUAAAGAUCUGGCAGAUUUAAUAGCGAGAGCAGGACUCGCUGCACUUGAACGAGUUGAAAAAGGCGUAAAAAAAUCAGAUAAGCAAGUGCGAGAUGUCGAUUUAUUAAGAGCUGGAAUAGCAUUGACAGCAGCUGAUUUCGAAACAGCUCUUGGAAAAGCUAGAGCAUCUUACUCCGAUAGUAUAGGUGCACCCAAAAUACCAAAUGUAACAUGGGAUGACGUAGGUGGUUUAGCGUCAGUUAAAGACGAUAUCUUGGAUACGAUACAAUUACCUCUGGAACAUCCAGAACUAUUUGCCAGUGGUAUGAAAAAACGAUCUGGUAUAUUAUUAUAUGGGCCACCUGGUACUGGAAAAACAUUACUUGCCAAAGCAGUGGCCACUUCAUGUUCCCUAAAUUUUUUUUCGGUGAAAGGACCCGAAUUGUUAAAUAUGUAUAUCGGUGAAUCCGAAGCAAAUGUGCGUCGUGUGUUUCAAAGGGCACGUGAUGCAAAACCCUGUGUCAUUUUCUUUGAUGAACUUGAUUCGGUUGCACCUAAAAGAGGUGAAAAAGGAGAUUCUGGUGGUGUUAUGGAUCGUAUUGUUAGUCAGCUACUAGCAGAAUUGGAUGGUUUAGGUCAAGGGAGUGGUGCAGCUGAUGUAUUUGUUAUUGGUGCAACUAAUAGACCUGACUUAUUGGAUCCUGCGUUAUUAAGACCCGGCCGAUUUGAGAAACUACUUUAUCUGGGGGUGAGUGAAGAUCACGAAUCACAGCUCAACAUUAUUCGAGCAUUGACCAGAAAGUUUCGUUUGGCUCCUUCCUUGGAUCUUGCUGCUGUGGCAAAUAAGUGUCCAUUUAAUUAUACAGGCGCUGAUUUCUAUGCCCUGUGCUCGGAUGCAAUGUUAAAAGCAAUGGCUCGAACGGCUGAGGCGGUUGAGGCAAAAAUUGGCAUGUCUCCUGCCUUAAAUGCAAAUCCUCCGCAUGACAGAAAAUGGACUGGCUCGUUAACAUCCCAAUACUAUCUUGACCAUCUCGCUACACCACAAGAUAUUUACGUAGAGGUGACACAACAAGACUUUGAACGUGCCUUGGAAGAAUUAGUGCCUUCUGUGUCAGAAAAAGAACUUGAACAUUACCGGCUGGUUCAAAAACGGUUUACACAGCAAGAUGGAAAAGACAAGCAAAAUAAUGAUCAAGAGAGCACAAGUGCACUUAAUCAUCAAUUUCAUCAGCAGACUGAUAUCAAUUGGAAUAAUGGUGGAUAUAGUAAUGAUAACGGAGUCAUAGAUCAUGGAUUUGGUAAUGCCAGCAGUACAGGUGGCGGUAGUAGUACUAAAGGAAAAGGAAAAGCACGUUUGCCUACAUUCUUCUCCACGACUUCUUUUGAGACAGAUAUUGAAGAUGGUUUGACUUCAGAAACUUUUGAUUUAUCACAGAACUUGCGUGAGGGAGAUUCAAGAGCGGGUCUUGAAGAUUCGGAUGAAAUAAAAAAGAUUAUGGCGCGAGAGGGUGUCGGAUUUGACCAAGCCCGUUUAAUAAGGCAACAAAGAAAAUUCAAAAACAAUAAUAUCGACCCCCAAACUGGGGUUCCAAAAGAUCCAAAAUUUGUGUCUUUUUCAUAA